AUGGCCAACCUAGCCUCGACAUAUAAGAACCAGGGUCGGUGGGAGGAGGCCGAGCAGCUCCAGGCGCAGGUCAUGGAGAAGAGUAUGACAAAACUUGGCAACAACCAUCCUGACACGCUGACGAGUAUGGCCAACCUGGCGGCGACAUUAUGGAACCAGGGCAAGUGGGAGGACGCCGAGAAGCUCGAGGUGCAGGUGAUGGUGAUGAGCCUCAUGAAGCUCGGCGAGGGCCAUCCCGACACCCUAAUUAGUAUGGCCAACCUAGCAGUGACAUAUAGAAACCAGGGCCGGUGGGAGGAGGCUGAGUCACUUGAGGUGUAUGUGAUAGAGGCUCGUAAGACGAAGCUUGGCGAGCAGCAUCCUGACACGUUGAUGAGUAUGGCCAACCUAGCGUCGACAUAUAGGAGCCAGGGCCGCUAUGAUGAAGCCGAGAUGCUCGCGGUGCAGGUCAUGGAAGCUCGCAAGGCAAAGCUCGGCGACGACCAUCCGUCCACAUUGACGAGUAUGGCUAACUUAGCUAUGACAUACAGGAGCCAGGGCCGCUAUGAUGAAGCUGAGAGCCUCGAAGUACAGGUGAUGGAGACGAGCAAGACGAAGCUUGGCGAGCAGCAUCCUGACACGCUGAUGAGUAUGGGCAAUCUAGCGUCGACGUUUUGGGACCAGGGCAAGUGGGAGGAGGCCGAGCAUCUCGACGUGCAGGUCAUGGAGAUUCGCAUGAUAAAGCUCGGUGGUGAUCAUCCUGACACGCUAGCGAGUAUGGCGAACCUAGCGGCGACAUUUUGGAACCAGGGCCAGUGGGAGAAAGCCGAGCACCUCUUUAUGCAGGUGAUGGAGAGGAGCAAGACCAAACUCGGCAAUGACCAUCCCGACACACUAAGGAGUAUGGGCAACCUCGCGUCGACAUAUAGGAGCCAGGGUCGGUGGGAGGAGGCUGAGCAGAUCGAAGUGCAGGUGAUGAAAACGAGCAAGUCGAAGCUUGGCGACGAGCAUCCCUCCACGCUGAUCAGUAUGGCCAACCUAGCGUCGACAUACAGGAGCCAGGGCCGCUAUGAUGAAGCCGAGAUGCUUGAGGUGCAGGUCAUGGAAGCUCGCAAGGCAAAGCUCGGCGACGACCAUCCGUCCACAUUGACGAGUAUCGACCAUGACUGCCAAAAGUUGGGAGAAUGCGCAAAUGUCACCGGCUCAAGGGAGUUCUGCCGAGGGCAGUUCCUCGACGACUUUAUUGCGCAGGCUUACUGGCUUCAGCGCAAGGUUUACGAUGGGGGCUACCUGCAUUAA